CGAAUACUUUGUGAACUUAUGUCAUGAAAAUGUAAGUAAAGUGAAUAAUUCCAAUCACUCGGCCUUUAAAUCUGCUAUCCAAGCAAAAUGACUCAUGUUGAAGUCUGAAACCGUGGCGGGCAACCGGAAUGUUUCAUUUAGCUACAAAAUGUCCGUCAUUUUUACUUACCAGUUUAAGUGUAAAAACAUCAAAAGUGUUAUCUUCAAAAGUUGAUUCCUUAUACAGCGUUUUUGGUCUAUCAAACAGCGCGACUCAUCAAGAUAUCAAAGAAGCUUUCUAUCGAUUGUCAAAAAUAUACCAUCCUGAUGUGACUGAUAACCCUGAUUCGAGAGGCAAGUUCCAUGAGUUGGUAAAAGCCUAUGAAAUCCUUGGGAAUCCUGUCAAACGCAGUGAAUAUGACCGUGGUCUAAUACGUUCUAGAGGCGGAGACGUGCAACACUUCUCUGAGGAUAGUUACACAGUCGAUUCCAUAAAGGACAAAAGCACCAAUAGUUUUAAAUCAUUUUAUGUGAAACAGCACAACAGAGCGCUGAAUGAAUUUUGGGAGAAACAUUCUGAUCGUGAAACUAUAAUGACUGCAAAUGAAGUGAGAAAGGAUCAUUCAAACUUUUUGAUGGGCUUGGUCAUGACAGUUGUAUUUACUAUAUUUUCGGGUCAUCUAUAUUCAGUAUAUUAUGAAGAACCUAUUGAGUUUAUACGGCCUUCGGAAAGCUAAUCAUAAUUGAUUGACGUUCUGAGUAAAUAGAACUCAUAGCUAAUUCUGUAUUUCAAGCUACUUUACUUAACAGGUUUACCCAUUAUCUUUUCACGACCCAGUAUAAGCCUAUUGAUUUCUUUA